AUGGCUGAUCGGUUUCACAUCAAACAAAAAUUCAUGGAGGUUGCCAUUAUUCUAUUAAACGUCAUUUAUGAUAUUCUCGACGUAAUGCGAUUGAUUCCCUAUCAAAUUGGGUGUUUUCUAUGCGCGGUUCCGAAGAAAAUAACAAAUGACUAUGAUCCAUCUGUGAUGAUGCUUCGAGCGUGGUACGCAAUUCUGGUGUAUCUUUUCUACGACAUGGUGGAAGCUCGAUCGAAAUUCUUCAGCACUAUUGGCCAACAAUUGAGAGAUAAUUGGAGCUAUUUCGUCGACGUUAUUCUCGCAUUCAUCGAUGUUGUCGAAGAAAAUUUCGAGUUUUCGGUUGGCGCCGUUCUUCUAGCGUCAUUUACCGUUUAUGCAAUUCAAAUGAUGAUUGAAAACGAGAAGCAAAAACGGAGGAAUGAGCUUAUCGAUGACGAUAUUGACGCCGAGCGGCCAUUGUCGGAUCGCAAUUUUGUUCGGAAUGUCAACGCGCCGGUGAGAAGUUGGGGAGAUCAAGUGUUCCCAGAGGAUCGUUCAUCAUUUGUGCCGCCUUCAACUUGCAUGAAAAUUUAUGGACUGCUCUCGGGAUGCGUAGACACUGGCAAUGUGAACGACGACGUCCAAUUCGUGUACCGCGCGCUUCGCGAGCGUCUCGUUCGUCCGAACACCGCCAUCACAUGGGUUCACAUCAAUGUCGAUUGCAUCGAAGACCGCACAUUUGUGAUGUUUCGCGAUCUUGACGCCGCCAAAGAGGCGUUCAAAAAGCUUCACGGCUUUUAUUUUAAUGGUACGUCCCAUUCGAGUUUCCCAUCGUGUGGCGGCUCCAUUGAGGCUCCUCGUUGUCACCGAUAUUUGAAACUUUGUUUUAUGAUCGGUUGGGGGCAAUAG